CCGCUGCCGGCCCCGCUCGCCCCGAGCCGGCGCGGCGCCCGGAGGCGAGCGGCUGCCCGCGCUCGAUGCGCUCGGAGCUCGGCCGAGCGAGCGCUCGGGAGCGGCUGCGGCUGCCUGGCGGGCACCCGGCACGGCGCAGCCAUGUACGGGCUGGCGCGGGCCCUGCGGCGGGCGGCGGCCCCGGGGCGGCCCCCAGCGCCCCGGCGGGGGGGCGGCGGUGCCGGAGCGCGGCCCUGGGGCUGGGGGCUGGCGCUGGGGCUGGCGCUGGGAGUGAAGGCUGACGGCGGGCAGGCGGCGGAGGCGAGCGCGCUGCCGCCCCCUCGGGGCUUCGGCGCGGCCAUCGAGAGGAGCAGGGACCUGCUGCGGAGGAUUAAGGAUGAAGCAGGAAUCCCGGGUAUACUAGUCGGAGUUUCUGUAGAUGGAAAAGAGGUCUGGUCAGAAGGUUUGGGUUAUGCUGAUGUAGAGAAUCGUGUAGUAUGUAAACCAGAGACGAUCAUGCGAAUUGCUAGUAUUAGCAAGUGUCUUACAAUGAUGGCUGUUGCUAAAUUGUGGGAAGAGGGGAAACUGGAUUUAGAUGCCCCAGUGCAGAAGUAUGUCCCUGAAUUUCCAGAGAAAGUCUACGAGGGUGAAAAGGUUGCUAUUACUACAAGACUGUUAGUGUCACACUUGAGUGGGAUUCGUCACUAUGAAAAAGAUAUUACAAAAGUAAAGGAAGAAAAGGAAAAAGCAAACAGAGCAUUUAAACUAACAAAACCCAAUCGGGAUAAAGAACAAGAAGGCAAAGGGAUUGAGAAGGCUGAUCCUGUCAAGCCGAGGAAAGAACACGAAGGUGAAGUAAAAAGCCGAAAUUCAAAACCUGGCAGGAGAGACAAGGAAUUUGAGCAAGAAGAGUAUUAUUUGAAGGAAAAAUUUGAAAGUGUGAUUGAAUCGCUGAAGAUAUUUAAAAAUGAUCCUUUAUUCUUUAAACCAGGUAGUCAGUUCUUGUAUUCAACGUAUGGCUUUACUCUCUUAAGUGCUGUUGUGGAGAGAGUUUCAGGACAAAAAUUUACAGAUUAUAUGCUAAAAAUGUUCCGUGAUUUGGAUAUGCUAUCGACUGUACUAGAUGACAAUGAAGCAAUGAUAUAUAACAGAGCAAGGUGUUACGUUUACAACAAAAAGGGACGGCUGGUAAACGCACCGUAUGUGGACAACUCUUACAAGUGGGCUGGCGGUGGCUUUCUUUCGUCAGUAGGUGACCUUCUGAAAUUUGGAAAUGCCUUGUUGUACAGUUAUCAAGCUGGACAGUUUAAAAAAAAUAACUGCAAACUUCUUCCUGGGUACCUCAAACCAGACACAGUCGCAAUGAUGUGGACCCCAGUGCCAAAAACAGAAGUGUCGUGGGACAGGGAUGGUAAAUAUGCAAUGGCUUGGGCUGUAGUAGAGAAAAAACAACAAUGUGGCUGUUGCAGACAGCAGAGACACUAUGCAUCUCAUACGGGUGGUGCCGUGGGGGCAAGCAGUGUCCUCCUCAUUCUUCCUGAGGAGCUGGACUCUGAAGCUCUAGGUACUGGGCUAGUGACACCACCUAGAGGAGUCAUCGUUAGUAUUAUCUGUAAUAUGCAAUCGGUUUCCCUCAACAGCACUGCCUUAAAGAUUGCAAGGGAGUUUGAUAAAGAAAAAUGGGCCCAAUAUAUAGAUUAGAAAAAGAGGCACGUGUAACUGAACUCACUGUACUAAAACACAAAAAACAAAUAGAGACGGGUGUAAUUGGACUCCAAGUUCACCAAGAAUAUGUGAAGAAAAAGCCUCAAAAUUCACUUAAUUAACUUCUGCUAGUGGUGCUAAACUUAUGUGUAACUAGAAUUCAUCUCUCAGGGAAGUUCGUAAUUUACAGAACAGUAGAAUGUAACAGUUAAAUCUGACUUGCUGUAGUACCUGUGUAAAUGACCAUCGUAUUAACAGGUUUUUUGUCAUCCAGUCAAGCACGUGAGCAAGAUUGAAAAAAACCUAGCAUUGGUUUCUUGCACCAAGAAGUACAAGAACCAGUUACCUUAAAUGUUAAACUUUUGAAAAAUUUCACAUCUUGAUUUGAGCACACACAGACAAUUUGUUAUUCUCACAGUUCCAGUCUGCCAAAACUGUUCAGUAUCACAUGAUAAAGGAAAAUGGGUUUACUGUUGAUUUUUAUAUUUUCAUGUAGCGCUUUUCUUACUUGCUUAAAAAGCAAAAAAACCCCAACAAAACCCAAAUCUUGAAGCUACCUCCAGAGUGUGGAUUGAUACCAGAAGUACACUUUUGUCAGAGCUUGGAUUGUUAAGAAUUAGAAAAGAAUGAAGCUAGAGCAAUAUAAGUAAAAACCUUUUUGUCAUUUAGAUGUCCUCUCUUCUGUUUUUAUUGGACACAGAGAAUGUGUGAGACUCGUUUACUGUGAGGUGUGGGUAUUCUUUCCAUAGCCAGGUAUGCCCAAAUAGCACAACAUGUUGAGCUCUCGAAUGAUGCACGUGCUAAUUUCGGUAGCCAGAAAUGGCACUGUAUUCUGUAAUGUAGAUAUUCCUUUAGAUAUAGGAGUUAGGAACUCAAAUGACUCAAAAAAAAAAAAAAAAAAAAAAAUUCAAAGCCCAUGCUUGAAGCCUGCAGUAGAAGUCUUCACAGACUUUGAGAGUUUUGUUGGGUUUUUUUGAAAACCAUCCUUUUUUCCAUUGGGAGACCUGAGGUCAAACAAGAAAUUGUGAUGGAGCUCCAAAGAAGCAUUUUCUGAUUGUCAGUUUUACUAUAGGAAUAUAGUAACAUCUGAAUAUGUUAAUUUUAUGUAUUUCAUAAUGGCAUGGAAGGUCUCCAGGAUUUACCCCUAUCCCUCUUCCCCUGCAGUUACAUCAGACAGUAUUUCCAGGCUGAGAUAAACCGAAAUACCUUUCAGGAAAGGUUUGAACGCUUCUGUCCCUGCACUGUUCAGCAGCUCUGCUUCUUUGAAUUUAAGGAACAAGACGUGUUGGGUAACAGCUAGCAGAGGACAGCCUUACCUGCCUCGUUCCCAUGUUAGUGCUUUUGGCAUUAACUUUGUCAUCGUUACCUGCCCUGUGAUGAAACAGUGUGCUGUCAUCUCUGUUCCCAGUAUGCCUACGGUAACAUCUAUAACCUAAGACUGACAAAUCGGGAAAUUUAGUGUUUUGAGGUGUCAGUGUUUUCCCUACAUUUUUAAUUGAAGCUAGUAGGACUGGUUUAGUACUCUUCAUAAUUAUAAUCAUUCUGGUGCCUUAAAACACUAAAAGCUUACACCUAAACUAUUUAUUUGCUUUUUCAGCCCACUCACCAAAACUUCACUUUAUUUAUUCAGUAAUAACGGGUUGUCUUUUCUCAAUAAUACCAAAUCAGUAGAGACGACAGAGAGAACCUUUCUGAACAAACUUUCUUUUGGCCAGGCAAUAAAUUACCUACUCUUCCACUGAAGUCUUUGAUACUGUUGACAGUUCCAAUGCAGAAGUACUGGAGAUGAGCAUCUUCUACAAUAGCAACAUUUUUUUUCCCAGGUCUCGAGAGCAUCUACUAGCUGGGGAAACAUGCAGCAGUAGAAGUCAUUACCUGUUUUAUGCAGGGAACAUGAGUUAAGUAGUUAUGAGUUGUCUUCGUGUUGAGGAAGGCAUGAGUAGAAACAGACCAAAUACAAUGUUUUAAGUAUAGAAAAUUUGAAAAGUAUCGCUUACUUUAGGAUUUGCACCGUACAAGAAAAGUAUGUUUUACCUGUUUUGCAAAUGGUAUUUAUUGUUCUUUAAAACCAUUUUGCAUACUUGAGAGAAGACAUAUUUCACUCACUGAUGACUGUGUUUGGGUUUAGACAAAGAUUCAGAAUGUAGAAGGCAUAGGUUUACCAUUACGCUUGUGUUUGUAUGACCAGGUGCUAAUAAAUGUAAAAUAUUUGAAGAAUGUACUAAAGUGAGUAACAGUAAGAAGUGUUUAAGGCUUUUCUAACCCCAAGAUACCAACAACAGUAUCUCACUCCCCUCAUAGAAUAUGUUUAGCCACUAACAUUUUAUAUACAUACCAUGUUCUUUAAACUGUAUUUCCUUU